UGCCUAUCGAUAACACAUUUGCCAGCUGUGCAGUUUGUACCUAAAUAUUAUAAUUUCACGCCUAGUUUUCAGAAAAAUGCUUCCCAAAUUAAGAAUAUCAGCUUUUCUGCUUAAGCGCCUGGAGCGCGUGAAGCUGCAGUGCAGCGGUUGUUUAUACGGCGUGUUUUAUGGAGAAAGCACCUUGCUACUCUUGAGUUUCAAUGUUGAGUCAAGUGUGGGUGAACUGAACUAUGAGCAUAUACAGCACAAAUUCCCAGCCGAGCUAGACUUGUGUGGCCUGGUUAAAUUUGGCGACUGUACCGAUACACAAGCUCAUCUAAAUGAAGUAAUCUCAUCGGUGGAUAUAACGGAUAAUCCGAUAUUGCUUCAAUGUCAGCUGGGCACACUCGUUGGCUUGCGUGCAUCGUUCUUUAUACACGGCAAACUGGAACAAGUGCCGUACGAGGUCAUGGAGGCACCACAACUGUAUAACGAUUUCUGUUUUACUCGCUUGAAGUGUGGUUUCUUUUUGCACACGGCGCCAACGCCGGAGUCCAUAGCCAAGGAGAUGCAUGCGCUUCGCAAGCGGGUAGCCGAUGGAAGUCUGGUGUUUAAUGUGCCACAAACGAAGAUAUAUGUGAGCAGCAACUGUGGAACGCAGCACCAAAGCUUCAACAGUGACUCACUAAUUGAAACGCUCAUCGCUGAGAUUCCCACCCCCACAGAAUCCCCAACAACAAGCAACAAAAAGAAAGCUGCUGCUACUGCACCGGAGCUGGCCAAGUAUUAUGGCGCUGUGGGCUGUGCCUAUGAUGUGAUUAACAUUGAUGUCUUGCGCUGUCGCACACGGGAGCUUGGAGGAGGCGAUGCAUCGUCGCAUCCAGCGCUAAGUGUUUGCAUAACGAAUGAGGAUUCCAGUAAGCAGCAGGUGCCACUGGAGCUCGAAGCAAUGGCCAUGCUCUGCAAGAAGACGAAGCUGCUGCGUUUGUAUGAUGUCCUUAUAGAGAGCAUUUGUCGCUCGCUGCGUCUGUUCGAACAGUGCCUCACCGAGCGGCUCAACGAGCAAGAAACGGCGGCAUCUGAGACGUUGCUACUGUCGCCGCGCAGCUAUCAUUUUUAUCCUCAGGAAUUUGGACACUUUCUGAGCUGUGCAUACUUGGAGCAGCUGAGCGAUGACGAACCCAGUGUACAGGAGAAACGCAAGCGGCUGCAUCGACAGUUUGCAUUGCCCGCCACCCGGCCGUAUUUCAGGCGUGCGAAUCAGUGUCGCUUCCAAGGUGACAUAGACACGUCGACUUGGACGCCGCUGCUUAACACACAUCUGGGUGUACGGCCCAGCGGAGUGACUGAUGGCAAAGAGUAUCUGGUGAAUGGCAACUAUCAUUACUAUCACUAUUUGCAGCAGCAGGUACAGGAUAAGGGCUGGGGCUGCGCCUACCGAUCGCUGCAGACGAUAUGCUCGUGGUUCCUGCUACAGGGAUAUACGGAACGUGCGAUACCCACGCAUUUGGAAAUACAGGAAUAUUUGCACAAAAUAAACGAUAAGCCUUCAUCAUUUGUGGGCUCAUCACAAUGGAUUGGCUCCACUGAGCUGAGCAUGUGUUUGCAGGGUUUCCUCAAUGUUGAUUCCAAAAUUUUACACGUUGCUUCUGGUGCUGAGCUCUCCACGAUUGCCCCGGAGCUGGCCAUGCAUUUCCAGACGCAAGGCACACCUGUCAUGAUUGGCGGUGGCGUCCUGGCUCACACAAUUAUCGGCGUGGACUACUGUGUGCAGACGGGCCAAGCGAAGUUCUUAAUACUUGAUCCUCAUUACACUGGCGCCGAUGAUUUAUCCACCAUACAGAUAAAGGGCUGGUGCGGCUGGAAGAGCGUGGACUUUUGGGACAAGAAGAGCUAUUAUAAUCUCUGUAUGCCCCAGCGGCCCAUUUUAUAUUAAACGUUCCAAUUAUGCAUUUAAGUACGAUGUUAUGUCAAGCUUUAAUGUUUCGUGUUGUUUAUGAAUUUAAUGUA